AUGGCGCUCAGAGUUUACUGCACCACUCCCUCUCCCUCUUUACUCUGCAAUGCAACUGCCGCGUCCUCCCACGCGCUCGAUGCCUCCCUCAUCCAACGCGCCGUUGUUCUCGCCGACAAAUCCGCCGGCUUCACCUCUCCCCACCCCAACUUCGGAUGCGUCAUCGCCACUCCUUCCGGCAAAGUCGCCGGCGAGGGCUUCCUCUACGCCCAGGGCACCAAGUCCGCCGAAGUCCUCGCCGUCGAAGCCGCCGGGGAGCUCUCCCGCAAAGCCACAGCUUAUCUCAACAUGGAGCCCGGGGACUGCCACGGCGACCACUCCGCCGUCUCCGCCCUCAUUCAGGGUGGGAUUGAGAGAGUGGUGAUUGGAUUAAGGCAUCCAUUGCAGCAUCUGAGAGGGAAUGCAAUAAGGGCUUUCAGAAGUGAAGGCUUGCAAGUUGACGUGCUCGGUGAGGACCUCAACACCAAGCUCUUCGAGGAAGCACGCAAGUCGUGCCUUGUAGUGAAUGCUCCUUUGAUUUGUAGAGCUGCUUCUCAAGUCCCCUUCUCUGUUCUCAAGUAUGCUAUGACCCUUGAUGGAAAGAUUGCUGCUUCCAGUGGACAUGCCUCGUGGAUUAGCAGCAAGACUUCUAGAAACCGAGUUUUUGAACUCCGGGGUAGAAGUGAUGCCAUCAUUGUAGGGGGAAAUACUGCACGCAGGGACAAUCCGAGGUUAACUGCAAGGCACGGAGGUGGCCAUAUGCCCAUGCGGAUUGUGAUGACACAGACGCUUGAUCUCCCCGAGGAAGCAAACCUUUGGGACACCUCUGAUGUUUCUACUAUAGUUGUGACACAGAGGGGUGCGAGAAGGAGCUUUCAGAAGUUUCUUGCGUCUAAAGGAAUUGAAGUCGUGGAGUUUGACAUCUUGAACCCCAGAGAAGUAAUGGAGUACUUCCAUGAUCGUGGUUAUCUUUCAGUUUUGUGGGAGUGCGGAGGGACACUAGCUGCAUCUGCUAUUUCAUCUGGAGUAAUACAUAAGGUCUUUGCAUUUGUUGCUCCUAAGAUAAUUGGUGGAAGAAAUGCUCCUUCCCCUGUAGGUGAACUUGGGAUGGUUGAAAUGACACAAGCCUUGGAUUUAAUUGAUGUGUGCUAUGAACAGGUUGGACCUGACAUGCUUGUUAGUGGUUUUCUUCAACCCAUACCAGAUCUGACUCCUGUGAUUCCAUCAGUUGAUGAAACAUAUGAAAUUGAUCCAACUGUCACUCCUUAUGACUCAAGAAUCAUAUUCUUCUACAAAACAUGGGAUCCUUAUGGUGCUUUCUCGAAUUUCUCUCCUCACCCAAUUAAGAUGCUUGAUGUUGAUGGUGCUUAUUCCACUUGGUUGAGUGUAGAGCAUUACUACCAGGCUCACAAAUUUGUUGGGGUGGAUGAUCCUGUGGCACGAGAUUGUGCUGAAAAUAUCAAGACUGCAAAAAGUCCAGAAGAAGCAGCACGGUUAGGCAGGUCAAUGCAGAGGCGGCACCCUAAUUUGGUAAGAUCCGAUUGGGAAAGUGUCAAGAUUGAUGUGAUGUACAGGGCACUAAAAUGCAAGUUCUCAAUAUACCCACAUUUGAAUUCUAUGUUGCUGUCAACUGCUGGUUCUGUUCUUGUUGAAGCUUCACCGCAUGAUCUUUUCUGGGGUGGAGGCCGGGAUGGGGAAGGCCUAAAUUAUCUGGGGAGGCUUUUGAUGCAGUUGAGAUCAGAGUUUCUUGGUGAGUCCCAUACUUUAAGCGAGAGCUCAUGCUUAGGUGUAUAAUUUAUAAAUUAGUUUAUUCACAUACCCAAAAGAAAAGAAAAAGAUGUAUGAUUUAAAAAACAAAGGAUUAUAGUUCUUUCCUGUAAUUUUUAUUGUUCCUUCACAGUAGAACAUGGAACAUGUAUAUGUAAAUGAAGGAGACAAUGGUCUGUAUGAUUGGGGUGUGGUUAGGUUCACAUUGUCAUGGGUUAAAGUUAUAAGUUAUAAUAACCUUAAUCUUGGAGUCAAUCACAGAGUUAAGGCAAGGUGAAUAAACCUUAAUCUUGGAGUCAUGUAUGAUAAUUAUUAUAUAAUAUGCUGGUAACGGUAAAGCUUGUCUGCUGAGUUUAACCUCUUCCUACUUCCUAGUACGAGUUUGAUUUCAAUUUCAGAUAUAGAGACAUCUUUCUUUCGGUUUCUGUUACAUUAACACAUGCAUUGUAACAGUAACAGCUACUAGCUCAAUUAAGCAAUUUGUAAGAGCUUAUGUUCUCUUCUCUCUUCUCUAACAUUGUAUUUACCUAGACUGAAAAGGAAUAGGAAUAGCAGAGGAGCCAAAUUUGACCAAUCUGGAACUGCAUGCAUCAGUCUUUUCUACACUUACUGCUAGUCAAGUCACCGGUACUGUACCAUUUCAACUGGAAAUUCCGAUGGACAUGCAUGGUGCAAAGUCAGAUGAGCUGAGAUCGAGGCUGAGUUUGACAGAGUGAACAAGGAUGAGGAAUGGGCUAU